AAUAGAUGGCGAUUUGGUCAUUCGACUGCAGGAAAGGAUUUUAAUGUGUUCAUCUCAAAUGAGUUCAAACUAAAUAGAGAGUAGGCCUAAUGUAGUAGACCUAGUACAAUGUAUAACCCAUAAACCCACACAUUUGCUUAACACACACGAAUGUGACUUAACCACACAUUGCUUAACACACAUGAAUGUGAGUUAAGAGGCACGUGAAUUACCCCAUCUAAUGCGAUUUAUAUAAAUCUCUGACGAACCCGAAUUGCAUAACUUGCCCCAAAAGCUCCUAGUUCAUUAUUUCCCUGUAAAUAUGCUGUGUCUGCCCGAGGCCAACCAUCAUUUCAACAAUCCACAGGCCAAAACAGUGGCCAGACGUGGUCGGUGCUAGUGAUUCUCCAGGGACCCUUUGGCUGUUUCCUCUGCAGUUGAAGAGAUGGAGAGAUUAGUUUUCUUGUUUUCUCUGACUGCCCUUGUUGUCCUUCACUGCAUGAACACCACUCCAGAGUUCCAAGAGCCUGUUGUGAUACUGCAGAUUGGUAUUGCAGUGUUGGUGGUGGUGUGGUUCUUCUACUUCCUUAUCACCCGACGCAGCCCUCCCAAAGACACCCUUUUCUAUGUGUUUGCUGAGUUUUCCUUCACUUGUGUCAUUGACCUUGUGAGUGCUAUGGAACAUGAUGGUUUUAUUUCCGGGUUUAUGGAAUUCUACCAGAAAACGGGAGAGCCCUAUCUGGGUACAGCCUAUGCCAUCAUGAUGUGCUACUGGGAUGGAAUAGUGCAUUUCAUCAUGUACCUCAUGAUGAUACAGCGCUUAUGGAACAGCAAGUCUUACCGCACCCUGGGUCUCUUCUGGGCUGGAUCGUUGUUUGCCAACAUGAGUGUCUUUGUGACAGGAAUUGUUGUAGGUAAAUUUGGAUCAGAUAUCCGUCCCGCCUUCUGGCUCAACAUGCCCUUCCUAAUGCUUCCAAUAUGGGGUGCAAUCAAGCUGUUCAACCAGCCCAAGAAUGGGCCAACCCUCGGUGGAUACAGGGCCCACUAUGAUCAGAGUUUUAAUCUCAUCUGGCGCCCUACAGACCUUCUCCUGGUGCUGCUGCUACUGGGGGCCAUGGCCUUCACUCUCUUCAGGGGCUUGGUAGCUCUUGACUCCCCUCUAGAGGCCUGUACCAUCUACCUCCGCCAGUACGAGCCCUAUCUGAAGGACCCGGUGGGCUACCCCAAGGUUAUGAUGUUGCACUUCCUGUUCUACAUGCUGCCUAUGCUGGGUGCCUUCAUCUACGGACUCGUAGUGCCUGGCUGCACCUGGAUGCCCGACUGGACUGUAUUUGUUGCUGGAGGCGUCGCCCAGUGUCAGUGGGCCCACAUUGGGGCAUCCCUCCACCCACGUACAGUGGCCCCAUUCCGGAUCCCAGACGAGGCUUUCCUGGCUGUCCUGGCAGCCAACCUGCUGUACGCUGUGAUCCCCUCACUCAUCGCCAUGCGCUGCACCAGUAACACCAACUUCUUCUUGACCGUCACUAAACUUCCUGGGAUGGAGGGGAUGCCCUGGGUUCCUGAUGCUGACACCCUAGUCGAGAAGAAACACAAUUAAAGUUUACAUACUAAUAAAGUUACCAAUAAAGAUAUGCAAAUAAGUG